AUGGCCGCCAACGAGAAAGAUGAAAAUGUCAACGCUGCUUCUUCGUCCCCAUCGACCUCCGAUCAUGAGCCCGACUCGCGACCUACAGCGAAGGAAAAUGCAUGGAUCAAGCUGAUGACCUACCUUCAUUGGUACCCGCACGACAUGCCCAGCGAUGAGAAGGCUUUGAUCCUAAAGCUUGAUCUGAGUGUUCUAAUCUUCGGAUGCUUGUCUUUCUUCACCAAGUAUCUAGACCAGCAGUCGUUAACAAAUGCCUAUGUCAGUGGCAUGAGAGAAGAUUUGGACCUACACGGCAAAGAAAUCAACUACUUAACCGCCACGUUUUGGGCCUCAUACUGCACUUUCAUGAUUCCCGCCUGCUACUUUCUAACUCACUACCCGGCGAACAUCGUACUUCCCGUUUUGGAAGUGGGAUGGGGUCUCUCUACUUUUGGCCUCGCGUGGGCGCAGAAUGUGCAGACAGUGUAUGCGAUGCGCUUCUUCACCGGCAUAUUCGAGUGCUGUAGUUUCACUGGAACUAUCUAUGUUAUUGGGAGUUGGUACAAGCCGCAAGAGAUUGGGAGACGUGUGGCGCUUUUCUUCAUUGCGAGUCCACUGGGUACCAUGUUUGCGGGCUACUUGCAGGCUGCGGCGUACACCAAUCUGAAUGGAGUUCAUAGGCUUGCUGGCUGGAGGUGGCUCUUCAUCGUCGACGCAAUCAUCACCCUGCCCAUCUGCCUUCUAGGAUUCUUCGUCUUCCCCGACGUCCCAUCGCGCAGGAAGCCGCGAUUCCUCACAGCCAUCGACCAGGAUUUCGCGCAGAAGCGUCUCCAAGGCCUCACAGCACCACCGCAGCUCCGAAUCUCGAGGUCUAUCUUCCGACGCGUCUUCACCCGCUGGCACUGGUACCUCUUCGUCACGCAAUGGGCCAUCAUGGACCAGAACUUCCUCCCAAGCGCGCAGCCCUUCUCGCUGUACCUCAAAGCAAAGAGCCAUAUCUACUCCAUCGUCCGCAUCAACACUCUGCCCACAAUCGCGACGGCUGUGAGUGUUGUCGCUGCUCUCACGUGCGGGAUUGUCGCGGAUAGGACGGGAAGGUUCUGGGUCCCGGCCUAUUUAGUUACGCUACCGGUAAUCGUGGGGACGGCAUUGCUCGUAGCAUGGGAUGUGGGCGAGAGUGGAAGGCUGGCGGGCUUUAUACUGACCGGGUUUGAGGGAGCUAUGUCCCCAUUAACCAUGGGAUGGGCGACCGUGACCAUGGCGGGUGAUGCUGAGGAGCGUGCAGUCGUGACAGCGAGUAUGAAUGCGAUCGGGCAAGGUAUCAUGGCCGGGACGCAGGUGGUGCAGUAUUCGGCGACGAGUGCGCCCAACUUUCAUGGAGGAUUCAGCAGCAAUUUGGCGACGUCAGUGGUGCAGUUAGUUCUCAUCACUGCCAUCUUGUUCCUUACUGCCAGAGACAAGAAGAAGGCUGGAAACGGAGAUUUGAAGAGUAGAGAUGUUGAGGUUGGUGAGCCGGCUAUCGUGGUUGCAGAAAAGCUGUGA